AUGGGGGCUUCGUCGCUUGAGGGAUUGCAAGAUCACCUGAAGUUGGCUAGAGAAUACGCUCUGGAAGGACUGUAUGACACUUCAGUUAUCUUCUUCGAUGGCGCCAUUGCUCAGAUCAACAAGCAUUUAAAUUCAGUCGAUGACCCUUUACUGCGAACGAAAUGGAUGAAUGCAAAGAAAGCAAUUUCAGAAGAAGCGGAGGUCGUGAAGCAAUUAGAUGCUGAGAAAAGGUCGUUUAAGGAGGUUCCCAUUGGCCGGCGGCCUAAUUCACCUCCAAUUUCGACGAAACCAUCCUUUGUAUUUCAGCCAUUGGACGAGUACCCAGUGUCAUCGAGUUCUCCAGUGGAUGAUCCUGAUGUAUGGCGACCACCUACUCGAGAUCCUUCGAGUAGAAGACCUACUAGAACUGGUCAAGUUGGCAUGAGGAAGUCACCACAAGAUGCGACUUGGGCCCGUGGAGGUCCCACGAAAACAGGAACAGCAGGGCGUGGAGGAAGGACAGGUGGUUCUAGUAAGCCCAACACGGGAGUUCGAGCAUCAACUACUGCAAAGAAAGGAACUGGGAAGUCGACCUCUGGAAAAGCAGAUUCAGUAAAUGGUGAUGAUGCUGAGGAUGGAAAGUUGAAAAAGGUGCAAUAUGAAGGGCCCGAUGGAGACUUGGCUGCUAUGCUUGAAAGGGAUGUCUUGGAAACCAGUCCUGGUGUCAGAUGGGAUGACGUGGCUGGGUUGAGCGAAGCAAAAAGACUUUUAGAAGAAGCUGUGGUUCUUCCACUGUGGAUGCCUGAGUAUUUCCAGGGAAUUAGAAGACCGUGGAAAGGUGUACUCAUGUUUGGCCCUCCUGGUACUGGGAAGACGCUUCUAGCUAAAGCUGUUGCUACUGAGUGUGGCACAACAUUUUUCAACGUUUCUUCUGCUACCCUGGCUUCAAAAUGGCGUGGGGAGAGUGAACGAAUGGUCCGGUGUUUGUUUGAUCUUGCAAGAGCUCAUGCUCCUAGUACAAUAUUCAUUGAUGAGAUUGAUUCUCUUUGCAAUGCUCGAGGGGCCUCAGGAGAGCACGAAUCAUCUAGACGGGUCAAGUCGGAGCUUCUAGUUCAGGUAGAUGGUGUCAAUGCUUCUGCCACCAAUGAAGAUGGUACUCGCAAGAUAGUGAUGGUUUUAGCUGCUACAAAUUUUCCUUGGGAUAUUGAUGAGGCAUUGAGGAGGCGGCUGGAGAAGAGAAUAUACAUUCCACUUCCAAAUUUUGAGAGUCGCAAGGCCCUUAUAAAGAUCAAUUUGAAAACUGUCGAGAUGGCUCCAGAUGUGGAUAUUGAUGAAGUGGCUCGUAAGACACAGGGAUACAGUGGAGAUGAUCUAACAAAUGUUUGCCGGGAUGCUUCUUUGAAUGGCAUGAGGCGUAAGAUAGCAGGAAAGACACGUGAUGAGAUCAAGAACAUGUCCAAGGACGAGAUUUCAAACGAUCCUGUUGCAAUGUGCGACUUUUUAGAAGCCUUGACUAAGGUUCAACCGAGUGUUUCAGCAGCUGAUAUUGAAAAGCACGAGAAGUGGUCUGCUGAAUUUGGUUCAGCAUAG